AUGGAGUCAAUAGAACAUUUGCUAGGAUUAUCUUAUGGAGAUGCUAACAGUUCCCCAAAGGAUAGUAGAGCGCAAAUGCAUUCCUCUACAUCAAUUCAUACUCCAUGUCCUGAAAAGCAAGGUAUCAAUGAAGAUGUUGUACAAGAUGACAUAGAUGAGGAAUUUCAAGAGGAAGACGUAGAUGAUGAAUUUCUUGAGGACAACAUAGAUGAUGAAUUUCAAGAGGUUGAUGAUGUAGAUGAUGAAUUUCAAGAGGAUGAUGUAGAUGAUGAAAUUCAAGAUGAUAACAUCGGUGAUGAAUUUGAAGUGGACAAUUUGGAUGAUGAAUUACAAGAUAAACUUGAAUGA